AGAAGAUUACAAGAUGUCCCAACCAGGUUCAAGAACAGCUAGUCCACCUCGGUCAGCCCCUAGGUCUGCACCAAAGGCAGCACCACUGAAGAAGAAGCGUGCUCCAAGACCACCACCAACCCAUCCACCCUACGUUGAAAUGGUCCGCGGUGCUAUUGCUAGUUUGAAGGAGCGCGGAGGCUCAUCUCGUCAAAAGAUUCUGGCAUACAUUACCGCCAAUUACGAUGUGGGGAAGGAGACUGGUCCAAUCAACGCUCGUCUGAGGAACGCCCUGAGAUCUGGCGUAGAGAAAGGCUUCCUGUUACACAGCAAGAAAGGCACUGGAGCCACCGGAUCAUUCCGCGUUGGAAAGGCUAUACCAAAGAAGAAAGGUAAGGCUUCACCACGCAAAAGAGGCAAGUCUCCAAGAAAGAAGAGGACCGCAAAGAAGAAGUCUCCCCGCAAAUCCGCCAAGAGGACAACAAAGAAAGCCCGCAGGUCACCAAAGAAAAAGGCUGCGAAGAGGAGGACUGGCAAGAAAGCGGCCAAGAGAAGGUCACCAAAGAAGAAGGCUAGGCCAGCAGCACGUCGCCCCAAGGCUAAGGGAAAGGCCCGCCGUUGA